AUGGGUGAUUUAAUAUCUAGCCAAUGGAUAGGAGACGAAGAGUUUUACAGGCGAGCUGAUCGAUACAAAAGCCGGAUAUUUACACACAAUUCCUAUAGUCAGAAUGAGCCUGUUUUUAUCAACAUAAGCGGGAAUCAUGACGUUGGAUAUAAUGGAGAGAUGACAUACGAGAGAGUGAACAGAUAUGAACAGAUUUAUGGAAAGAUGAACUAUGUUGUCGAGACACCAGCGACAAACGAUCAUCCUAGCUGGAGGUUUGUUGUGAUAAACUCGUUGUCACUGGACGGCCCAGCUUUAGAACCAAAAUUUCAACAGGAUACAUUGCAAUUCAUAGAAUCUAUCUCAGAAUCGAAUUUCAAUGGUCCAACUGUGCUGUUUAGCCACGUGCCACUAUACAAAGAAGAAGGUAUCUGUAGAGACUCGACGUAUUUCAAUUACUACUCUUGGGGAACAUUACGAGAACAAAAUCAUCUUUCUCAGGAAUCUUCUCAACUGUUACUAAACUCAGUAUUCAAACCAGGUAACCCUUAUGGAGGAGUUAUACUCACUGGGCACGAUCACGAAGGUUGCAUUACUGACUACUUGUACAAUACAGAAACUGAAGAGUGGUUAUCUACACCAGCUGUGAGCAGGAAAGCUGCUUCUCCAAGUGUACGAGAAAUCACAGUCCGCAGCAUGAUGGGAGAGUAUGGAGGGAACGGUGGUCUUCUGACCGGUCACUUUGAUGCUAACUCGGCAACGUGGUAUUUCUACUUUAAUCUGUGCUCACUCGGUGUACAACAUAUUUGGUGGGCCACUAAAAUAACCACUUACAUCAGUAUAGCACUUACCACUCUGUGGAUCAUUUUAACAUUUGUAAAUUAA